AACAGAAAUGAAAAGUGUGAAGCAUGAGUGAUUCACAAUUGCAUUAAAAAAUGAUCACAUAUUUACAGAACAGUCAGAUGCGCAACAGUGAAAACCUUACUUCGAAGAAGGGAGCAAAAAGAAAGAAAAAAAAUGCAGAAAAAGAUCCUCUUUCUUCUUAUGGUAGCAGCUUGUGGCAGUAUUUAUACAGGUAUUAAUGAUGCUCAAUUAGAGGCACUGAAAUCAACUGCAUCAAGACAUUUAGAAAUUUGUUCUUCAAUAGUUCCGCAAAAUGUAUAUGUCUCAUGCUUCACAACUUUCUAUCUGGGUUCCUGCAAAUAUUUGUGUCCUGUAGGAACGGGACUGCCAAACUACACAUGUCACAAUAUUACAAUGCAUAAUGACCUUCUGGAAGUCGAAGUUACUGAAUACUCCGUAGACAACUCUCAUUAUUUAUAUCAAAGCAAAGAGGUAAUACACUUAACAGCAAAAACUACCACAAAGUUUAACUAUACAUUUGAUGAUUACUACACGGUCUUUGAAAUAAAAUAUAUUGAAAGUUCACAAAGAUUAUGCGAUACAGAAACUAUAACCAUCCAUUUUGAAAAUAAUUUAACCAUGGAGUGGAAUGACUGGCCAAUUUUGUACUCAAACCAACCUAUAAUUACAUCAAAGAUGACCAUUGAAGUUUAUGCUCAUAUCAAGUGUAGUAUAAGUUUUGAAAUAUUUGGAACUGGUAACACUGAAUUUCGUACAUAUUUGUUUUUCUGA